UGAACUGGAGUGCAGCCUCGGCCCCAGACCUGUGCACUGCUGGCGUCCUUGCUGCUGCCUGGUCAGCUGUGUCGUGGGCUCUGUCUUAACUGCACCUUACCUCUGGCCUCAGCUACGAGCCUGCGCCGUGAGACAGUGGCGCUGCAGAAACUCCACAAGCUGCCCGGCCCUGGGUGAUGGAUGUCUCCUUUCUUUGCAGAACAAAGAGUGGAAGAUGUACGGCUCAUCCGGGAGCAGCACCCCACCAAGAUCCCGGUGAUCAUAGAACGAUACAAGGGUGAGAAGCAGCUGCCUGUCCUGGAUAAAACCAAGUUCCUCGUCCCUGACCAUGUCAACAUGAGCGAGCUCAUCAAGAUCAUCAGGCGGCGCCUGCAGCUCAACGCCAACCAGGCCUUCUUCCUGUUGGUGAAUGGCCACAGCAUGGUGAGCGUGUCCACACCCAUCUCGGAGGUGUACGAGAGCGAGAAGGACGGGGACGGCUUCCUGUACAUGGUUUACGCCUCCCAGGAGACCUUCGGGAGGGGGCUGUCCGCCUGCGCCUAGACGGGCCAGAAGCUUCCCGAGCCCGUACCCAGGAGAAAAGGUGUCGCCCAUGAGGUCGGUCAGCUCCUCUAUCACAGGUCGUCAGGACAGUCGUGCCCACCUGGGAGUUUUAAGAAGUUUUGUAUUUCAUAAAGGAAAACUGAGUUUCAGCGAGCACGCUCAGCCUUGGAAAGCUCUUAUUUAACCUCAGCUACCUUGUUUUCAAAGUUUAGAAGUUUAAAAAUAAAAUACUUUGCAUCCUAAGUUGCCAUUAAAACAGACCUGCGGUUAUUUUAACGCUUUUCCCCUAGUAGGAACUUGCAGUUGGAGCAGGAACUGAACUUCAGGCUUUCAAGACACUGAGGCCCUUCCCUGGCUCAGAGCCUGGUCAGGUUGGCUUCCUUCCAACCUGAGCCGACUACAUGGGUCCCUUCCUGUGCCCAGGCUGCCGGGCAGAACCCCAGUGCCUUUGCACAAAACAGGGUGGGGCUGGGAAGCAGCCCAAAUGGUGGCACUUGUUCUGCUCAGAUUUCCUGGGGCUGAGACUGUGAGCUGGCGCCUGUGCCGGGAGCGAAGCAGCAGUGGCCAGCGCCGUCCCAAGGCCACAGUGGAAGCCAGCACUGAUCCCCACACCGUGCUGCCUCUGCCUGUGGCCGUGACACAGGAUGGGCUUCUCCACCAAGCGGGCACUUGGGAUGUCGUGGAAGGGCUUAUGCGCAGACGGUAGGACUCCACGGUGCGCCCACAGCACCCGGCUCGGCCCACACACGACACGGAGUCACAGGAAGGCCAGCUGCACCACCUGAGCAGGCCGUGCUCGGUGCCUGUUCUCAGGCUGUCGGGAGAACUGGCUGCCAGCCAGGACCUCCCCGCAUGUGUGUCCCCCUGCUCACUGUAACCUGUUGGUUUCACGUGCUGUAAACUCCACCUGUCUCCUCACACUGUACACGCCAUCAUAACUACAAUGCUUUUUACAGGUGCUGAGAGGGGUGAUGUUUAUGAGAUCUUCAGGACAGUACCUUUUUAACACACUAAGCAAAUAAAGGCGUAACCGAACCUGUCAGCCUCGCCUCCUGA